AUUUGAGCCUGGCCCUUUUGUGCAUGUUUCCUUGGACACCAGAAACAGGAAGCAUUAACUAAUACCAGGCACGCAAUGAUUGCUGUGCUCUAGUCAUCUGUCCAGGGCUAUGAGGGGCCUACUAACCACACGAGAGCAGGAUGGCUGGAGAGAAUUGAUCUAUAAGGAAGCCUCUUGCAGGGUCAACUGGAAGGCAAAGUAUGGGUAUAAAUACCCCAGGAGGCUGCCUGACAACGGCAUUUCUCGAAGGAAAUGCCUCUUUCCUCCCAUCAGUCCCACCAGGGAGGAGACGAGCUUUCCCAGUGGUGAAGAAAGAACUACACCAAAGCAGCAGCAGGAACUGCCAGAGGAAAAGGCAUGGCUGAGCCUUCAGGAACCACUUCCAGACAUGAGGGCCCCAGACCUGGAGGCAACACAGCUGCUGUACCAGGGCAUCUCCCAUGAAGGAAAAGGGAGAAAACGCUACCUGAGAGAGAGAAACGCACAGAGCCCUGAGGAGAAAUUCCGUUACCCAGUGCUGUCAUCAUGGGAGUAUGGCUGGCGCUUAGGGGAUGUUGUUAAAGACAUCAGGACACCGAUUCAUGGCAAAUCCCGAAUUGUAAAGGAUACUUUCUACUUCAGAAAUGGAAUCUUCUAUCAUCCAUCAAAAACUGACAAGUUGUCGUGAAUACUGAAGCCAGCUGAGAUGUGGAAAUGUUUGCUUAAUGUUGCCUAGCAUGGAUAUUUGUUAUGGUGCUGGAUCUCACAAACUGUAUAAUUAUUUCUUCCAUAAUUAUUCUUUCAUAUUUAGACCCUGCCUCCAGCCUUGUUCUCUUUCUGUAACCUCUGUAUACUAUUUGUUGCACAAUGGAUUCCCAGUAAAUCUGAAUUUGUUAAAGAAACCCUUUGGGCACUAUACCCCCCCCCCCAAAAAAAAGGUGUGAGUAACCUUGUAUAAUUUGGGGGUAGUUUGCAUGAUUUAGGGCCAAUUCGUAUGGCUGGGUUUUUUUCCUGGUUGUUCCCUCUUUAUAGUGACUACUUAUAACUAAAUGAGCAUAUUCUGAGAACCUGCCACAGACUGAAAGAGGGGGAAAAGCUGCCACAGGCAUGUGAGUUGGAUGUAUCAACCUGAUUUAUACUAAGAUGAAGUUAGUGGAAUGCUUAGAAUUCAAAACAGAGUUGUAAGUGUAUUAUGUGACAAAGAAGAAGGUAUCACUCAGAGGUAGAAUGUAUUCCAGGUAGCGGAUCCAUGAAAGACUUCUGCCAGAAGACUUUGACAGUUGGUGUCAGUCCAUAUUGAUAUAAUAUAGGACUAGAUGAUCUGAACAAACAAGUAAUCUCUUCAGAGGCAGGGCAAUAAAGAAGUGCAUACUGAAAUACCUGAGCAAAAAUACACCUAAGAUGUCUUUUGGUUCUGUUUACAGAGGCAAAAAUAAAAUUACAAGACUUUGUAGAAUUAUGAAACAAUAGAAAAGAUCAGGUGGAGGAGGAGACAUUUUCAGUGGUCUGGAGCAAGUGGUUUUUUUUAGCAUAACUGAUUCCACAUUUGCAGGGAAUCAAGUUAUACUCUCUCCUAGGCCUCAAGGUUUGAAGGGUAUUAGAUAAAUAUGAACCCCUGGAUAAGGUGCCACUAGCCAUCCUGGUUUUGAUUGUUUCUUAUUCUGGGUGCCAUGCUUUAAUCUUUCAAAACAAACUCCAGUUCCAUCUACAUUUGCAUCCCAAAAAUCCAACAGAAAACAACCCAGUACAAACAAAAGAACUGAGAAAAACUACCUCCAAAGAGAGGGGCUUUAAAAACUUUAUUUCAGACAAGUCUCGCUGUUUUCUUCUUUUGCAGUAGCAGCAGCCAGACAGAGAGAAAGAGAGUGUGUGCAUGGAUGGGAAGGGGGGGGGGGAUAUAAGCUCUGGUGUUGAAACUCCACUGUGUGAUGAGAUCUGUGCCUUUAAAGCUGUUGAGAGGCAGAGUUAAGAGAACCAGAAGGACCAGAACCCAUUUGAGGCUUUGGCUGCAGGGUAGGCUCUGGGCUGCCUCCUCAUGUGUAAACAGAGUAAUGUAAGAAGAGCCCUCUGCAAACCCAGUGCACAGAGAACAGCCUCUAGGUAAGUGUUUCAUGGGUAACACAACAGUGAGAAAGGCAGACUAUAAGUAAUGCAAAUAAAUAGAUAAUUCAGAAAACCAGGGACAACUAGUCCUGAAGAAACUCUCAAGUUAUCUUAGUAAAGCAUCAGCAAGCAGGCAGUUGCCUACCACUCCACAGAAGGUGUUGUGAGGCCUGAAGUUGUGAAAAUGACUGGCUCUGAUUUAGCCAAGAUGGCUUUUUUUUCUCUGACAUCGCCAGGCCUCUGGUGAUUUUCUUCAGGGCUCUGUGGAAUGGUCAAGAAAUGCUGUUCUGACUAGAUUGGGUGUUUUUGGGGAGGUUGCUAUGUUGUGCUAUGUGGUGGUGCUUUGUUUUUUUUUUAAGGGGGUUGUCAGACUGAGCCUGGCAACUGGCUAGUGGGUUGGCAUCACUAGUUUGAUGGCAUCAUUUCUGGGGGAAAUCUGGAAGUUGAUUCAAAUAACUCUGGGAAUUGCCAGAAACUCUAUGGUUUUACCAUAAUUUCACCCUGCCGGCGACUCAUAAGAGUUACUGCCAAUACUUCUGUAUUUUUUUUCCAUAAGAGUGAUUAUCAUGUGAUGCUGGUGAGUUUCUUUUUAAUUCCCCCCCCCCCACUGUCACUUGGGGUAGGGGAUCCUCUUCCCUCUCAGAGGCCUGGCAGACAAUGUGUGUGUUUGUUGGGAAUUUUUCUCUGUUACUGUUUGACAUUGUCUUGGAGAACAUGUAGCAUACCCCCCCCACCUCCCAGGAUACAAUGGAAACUAGAAUGAAUGGGGAUAUCUUGUUCAGAGGUCUGUAAAGUCAGACCCCUUUGUCCAAUCUCCUUUAAACUUGUGGUAUCUUUAAGAGGUUACUUUGUGUUUUUGUUUUGCUCCCUGAAGAUAUGCUGCGAUGUACUCCAAAGACACCUGUUCCAAACCCCUCCAAAAGAUCUCCACUUCCUUCACAGGAAACAGUGAACCCAUACAUCCAGAAAUCUGAAAAAUAAAAUAAAUACAAAUUGGUAUAGGGAUACCUGGAAAUUCAGUAUUACAGUAUUGAUUCCCUUGUCCAAUACCAAUUCCAAAUUUUACAAUUUGUACCCCUACCCCCUGAAUGGGGAUAUCUUGUUCAGAGGUCUGUAAAGUCAGACCCCUUUGUCCAAUCUCCUUUAAACUUGUGGUAUCUUUAAGAGGUUACUUUGUGUUUUUGUUUUGCUCCCUGAAGAUAUGCUGCGAUGUACUCCAAAGACACCUGUUCCAAACCCCUCCAAAAGAUCUCCACUUCCUUCACAGGAAACAGUGAACCCAUACAUCCAGAAAUCUGAAAAAUAAAAUAAAUACAAAUUGGUAUAGGGAUACCUGGAAAUUCAGUAUUACAGUAUUGAUUCCCUUGUCCAAUACCAAUUCCAAAUUUUACAAUUUGUACCCCUACCCCCUGCCCAAACUACACAUCACUACUUAGCUUGGUAUCACACUUCCACAUUUGACUUCACUGUUUUUACACAUGAAUCCAUAAUAAACCAUUUUGACAAAAAAUGUAAAUUAUAAAUGAUUUAAAACUAUGACUUCAAUGGACAUGGAUAUGUUGAGCAGCUGCAGACAUUGUGAUUCUUGUCAUGAGAACAAUUAGCUGAUGAAACAAAGUUAAUGAUGUUGGAUAUCUUUCCCAGCGAUUUUCAGACAUUGGUGUGACUGACCUGCAAGAAUAUUCUGGUUUCUUUAAAAGAUCAUGCAAGUAAUGGGGCUGCAAUGUUAUCUGUAUAAUAUUCAGAUUGAACUGAUCUGGAGCCAAGAUUGCUGCUGUCAUGAAUCAUUUGCAGUGGAGGGCAGGGGUGAGAGGCCCAGUGUGGCUAUGAGGUAGUUGACAGACUAAUAGAAUUCCCAUAUUUUGCAAGGAGCACUUCAAGGUUUGCCAUUUUCCUCUGCAUCGAAUACACGCCACUACUCCCAAAUGUCCCUUGGUCUGGAAGCUUUUUGCUGAAGGCCCUCUGUUGCUACACUGUAGCCAGUAAUGUUGACAAAAGUUCUGUUGUUUCAGAACUCACACCACUCUAGCUCAACAAUAUGAGGGUUAAAAUCAGUUGAGGGUUAUGUUUGGCCUAUGAGUGCUCUUGCUUUUAAGGGACAGACAUGUUUUUCAAGGCUACCAUCACAGUUAGAACAUUCAAAUAUUUUAAGUAAAAGUUAAGAUUGUCAACAAUUUGAGAUGCUUUUUGGAGCCUAGAUGGAUGACAUUGCAGACCACAAUUUAUUUAAUCCUAGAAUAUAUAUUCCACAAAAUAGAGUGUGUAUCUUUAAGCUACAGUUUGAUUCAAAACCUAGGUGCCAUUUGGUUUUUUUUCUUUGUUCAAUUUUUCUUUCUUGUGUGGCUUUACUUGCUUUUCCUUGAGAAGCUGAAGAGAUCCUGUGACUCAUUGCUCUGCGGGGUCUACUUGACCAGAACAAAAUAUCAUAAAACCGAGUGCUGUGAAAUAAAUUUAGUGAGUAGAACCAUAAA